UAAUCGUCGAUGGCGCUGCCGCUGCUGUUGCCUCUUCCUCAGUCGUACACGCUCUCUCUUUUGACGCCCCCUGAAUGGGGGGCCGUAGGUAGCGCCCGUCGCCUCGCAUUCAGUUGCUCACUGAUCCGUUUGCCUGGCAGACGUCGCAAUUCACGGACGUAGGCGGUCCCGUUCGAUUAAUAACUGCUCGAUUCCCAUUAAUUCUCGGGCCACUGCUCCAUUAGAAUAUUGUGACGCGCGACGCAUCGAUAAAUAUACACAAAUAUAUAACAUAUAUAGUACAAAACGAAGCGAGAUGAGUCUACAAUCGAUCAAAUACACUCGGGGCAGCCUGGAGAUACUGGACCAGCUGCUGCUGCCGGUGCAGUCCAAGUACCUGCCCGUCCGCGGUGUGGAGGACGGCUGGAAGGUCAUCAACAAGAUGCAGGUGCGAGGAGCCCCCGCCAUUGCCAUUGUGGGUUGCCUGUCGCUGGCCGUCGAGAUCCAUCCGGAGGAGUUCGACAGCAAGAAAUCGCUGCGGCAGGAGCUCGAGGGGAAGCUGAACUAUUUGGUUUCGGCCCGGCCGACGGCAGUCAACAUGAAAAUGGCCGCCGACGAACUACUUUCGCUGGCCAAUGACCUGACCAAGGAUGACAACGUCGACGUGGCGGCCAUGAAGCAAAGAUUCCUGAAUGCCACCGAGGCGAUGCUCAAGAAAGACAUUGCCGAUAAUCGCGCGAUCGGUGCCCACGGGGCCAAGGCCAUUCUCCAGCUUGUGGCUGCUGCGGCCGGAGCCCCGAUGUCCGGUCCAGUGCGUGUUCUUACCCACUGCAACACGGGAUCACUGGCCACAGCGGGCUACGGCACGGCUCUGGGCGUUGUACGUCAGCUGAGUGAGCUAGGAAAGUUGGAGCACGUAUACUGCACAGAGACACGGCCGUACAACCAAGGUGCUCGGCUUACCGCCUAUGAGCUGGUGCACGAGAAAUUCCCCGCCACCCUGGUGCUGGACAGCAUGGUGGCGGCCCUGCUGCGAGCCAAGAAUGUGGCAGCCGUCGUUGUGGGAGCGGAUCGCGUAGCGGCUAAUGGCGACACGGCCAACAAGAUCGGAACCUACCAGAUUGCGGUGGUGGCCAAGCAUCACGGUGUCCCCUUUUUUGUGGCCGCCCCCCUGACCUCCAUCGAUUUGCAUAUACCCAGCGGCGACCACAUCAUCAUCGAGGAACGGCCCGAUCGGGAAAUGACCCAUGUGGGCGAGCAUCGGAUCGCCGCACCGGGCAUCAACUGCUGGAACCCCGCCUUCGAUGUGACGCCCGCCUCCCUGAUCACGGGCAUCAUCACGGAACGUGGCGUCUUCCAGCCGGCGCAACUGAAAGAGACGAUAACCAAGCUGCUUGAAACAUAA